UUCUGCUUCUAAAGCUUCGUGCGCUCUGCCUCUGCUGCUGCACUUUCCCUCUCUGCCUCUACUCAGCCGUCUGGCUUGGGUCCUCCCGCCGCCACCGUCAGUGCCAUGGAUGCCAAGAUCGUCGCCGUGCUGGCCCUUCUGCUGGCUGCGCUCUGCCUCAGCGACGGGAAACCGGUCAGCCUGAGCUACAGAUGUCCUUGCCGAUUCUUCGAGAGCCAUGUUGCUAGAGCCAAUGUCAAGCAUCUGAAAAUCCUCAACACUCCAAACUGUGCCCUUCAGAUCGUGGCAAGGCUGAAGAACAACAACAGACAAGUGUGUAUUGACCCGAAAUUGAAGUGGAUUCAGGAAUACCUGGAGAAAGCUUUAAACAAGAGGUUCAAGAUGUGAGAGGCGCAGGUUGGGUCAGACGUCUGAGGAAGCCUUACUGGGGGAGGCUGGGUCUGAAGCCAAUGUUAGGAAGGGCCCCCAGUGGUUUCCUUGUGCAGCCCAGACAGGUCAUAAUGCGUUUCCCAGAACUUUGUUUUGCACAGUUUGCCUUUCUUUCACUGUCUGAUUAUGUAGCAAAAUAUAAUCUGUUUUUUUCCAUUUAGCUUGAUUAUCCAAAGUCACUGGUGACAGAUAGGAACUUAGACUAAUAUUAUUUUACUUGCUUUAUUAUAAUAUCUUUAUCAUGAAGCCCCUCAUCUGACUAGGGUUGCCUGAAUUUUAUAUUCCUCUGACCUGCACAAGCUGGGACCCCAGACUGAGGGAGCCUUGCCUACAUUAUCAUGUCCUGGGAUGGGGAGCCACCAGGAGGUGUCAGGACCAGUCAGCAUGAGCAAACCCUAGUGAAGGUGGCCCUGUGCUGAAAGGAGUUAGGGGAGAUUAGGGUCUAGAGUGCCAGGCAGAGGGCUCAUCUCAUCCAGGUGAGCAACCCAGGGCUUCCCUGAGUUGAGGCAGGGAGGAGUAUGAGGUCAUGGUAGGGCCUCAUCCUGAGCUCUCCUCAACAUCUCAUCAUGUUCUUCUCAUCAUCCUCUCUCUCAUCCAUCAUCAUGUGCAUCUAAGACAGCCUCCAUGACCUUGGAAAAGGACUCUCUCAAGACAAAAGCGUUAAUUUAAACUGGGCACCGAGAAGCAAAUCAAAAUGUAUUCUGUUACAAGGUCCAGGAAAAACUGUGCACCUGUGUCUAGUUUGGAAUAUUGUGUGUUGUCCAAUCUUGUUUUUUUGUUGUUGUUGUUGUUCAAAGCCAUUAUCCUUGGUGCUUCAUUGUCAGUUCCCUAUAUGCAGAGGCUGAGUGUGAGGAGAUGCCCCAUGGGCUUUUAACCUGGCCCAAUUAGGGCUGUAAUCAUUUUGGGUGGAUAACCUUGUUUUCCCCACAAAUCACAAAGCUCUGGUGGAUCCACAGAGCCCAAGGGAAUUAAGAGUGCAGCAGCACUGACCUCUGAGGACACAGACUCUCAAAGUUACCAAAGAUGUUGAUAUCUCAGAACUACAGAGAAUUUUGUCUUUGUAGUGUCAAGCUCAGCAUUGUUUUUUGGGACUAACAGGAAUAACAAGAAAAGAAUGUUUAACUAUUUUUAUUUGAAAACCCAAUCCAUAAAAUAAUUAAUCCUGGGUAUAUAUUUUUACCCGAUUAAAAUCUAACUGCAUCUUUUUCACCGUUUGGCAAUCCCACCAGCUGUAACUUUGCACAGUGGGCCCUGGACCUUCUCUGCUGCAUCUGUCACCUUGUACUUCCAGGAUGUACAGCAGGGAAUUCCUCUUGGAAAAUGAUGUGACAUGGGAAAUUUGGUUAAGAACCCUGAUAUUUGGGAUGUUUCCCUUUACCAAGGGCAGUGUGUAGAAUUAAACAAUUUAAAAUUUUCACCUUUUGAAAAGGAAGUCACUAAGGGUUUUUCCCCUGUUUUGUUUUUUAUUUGGCCUGACUAAUACUUUUCCCCUUUGAUUAAAGAUCCAGUAAUUUUUUUAAUUAAGAAAGGGGGAAAAAUAACGGCAAUACAAGGAAAUGUAUCCAUUGACAGAACACUGCAAAUAACAUGUAGAAUGUGUAUUAUAAAAUGAUCUUGGAUUGUAGGUGUUUUUAGAUUUAAUAAUCUUUGGAUUAUCAGUAACACAUGUUAGGCAUUUCCAUAAGUAUUUCUUAAAUUGAAUCUUCAUGGCAGAAAGCCAUUCUGUCAACCAGACACUCACAUCCUUCAACUGGCUAUGCUAUAUUUAAAAAAAUAAAGUAUGGGGAACUUGUAUUAGUUAUAAAGGAUGCAGCUUGGUUUCAAGACACUUUUAAAAUUAACCUGUCACUACAUGGCUUCUGAAUUAUACAUGAAACUAUUGAAUUUUCGAUGGGAGGUAAUUUUUCAGGUAAUCUAAGAUAUUUAAAAGUCUCAUGGAAAAUGGAAGCAUCUUCUUUUGGAAUCCAUGAACCAGAACCAUUAAAUCUGCUACUCUGAGAAAAUGAACAUACCCCUAAAUCUUUACUACAGUUAAAUAAAGAAUCAUUUCUGUUUCUUUCCUAUAGGAGGAAAAAUGGGUAAGAGUAGAAACUGCAGGGAAAAUUACUUGUGUAACAAUGUCUCUAUGUGCAGUCUGCUCCUAAAAGGAAACUGACCUCCCAGCUAAAACAGAUAUGUGUUUAAACAGUUCAUUUGCAAAGAAAAUGGCUCUUUCGCUGUUGCUUUCAAAAUAUAAGUGAAGUGCGUCAGGUGAUUAGGAGUCACACAGCUGUUCCUCCUGAUCCAGUGCUGCCUCUACCUGACCUUCCCUUGGGCUCAGUGUAACCUCCAAUGCAGUCCUUUGCUGCCAGCCUUUGCAUCACAUGGGGAGGUUGGACUAGGGGACUGGAGCUCACAGGUGUGCUGUGUUUGGAAUCUGAAUCUGAAUCUGUGCAGUGUUUUGUUUGUACUGUUCUUUGUCCUGCUCUGGCCAGAUGCUGAGACCCCAGCGAGGAGGCUGAGUAUGAACAAGUAGAGGGCCCACAUAGCAAAAGGCUACAGUGCCCCUGUGUAAGUCCAAUGGGCGAUUUGAUUUCACCUUCCUUUUGUGAAUGCUGCCUGGUGUGAUCACCAUGAGCUCCCUCACUGAGGCUUCAAUUACUUUUCUCAGGUAUUGUGCCCUCUGCAGCUAGAGGAGAAUCAUCGUGGGGUCCUGAUUCCUUUACACCUCUCCCCUGACCCACUCUGAGGGAACCUCAAUCCUGGGAAUCACUCCCCAGGAACACCCAUGUCCUUCUCAGCAGGCUUAGCCAAGAUGAAAACCCCCACAGGAAACUUGUUAUUCCCCAACCUCUCUGGACUCUCAGUCUCUGAGCAGUGAUGGGUUCAGUGUUAAAUGUGAUAAAUACUCUACUUUUUUUUUUUAUAUGCAUCUCCCAGAUAAUGUGAAAAUGGUCCAGGAGAAGGCAGCUUCCUGUAAUGCAGUUUGCUUUUUUAAAAAAAACAAGUAACAAUUUCUUUUGAGAAACAAUUUCUACUUUCAUAUCAAUAAAAAAUGUAUAUGCACUUAUAAUUGUUCUAAUAAAGACAUAUAUUCAAAUAUAGCA